GACUGGUUACGGUAGUGGCGGCCGCUGCAGCCGAGCGCCGCGUGGACCGCCAGGGGGCUAUUUGAGAGGUCGCCAGCCGGGUUGCGCGCGCAGACGCCAACAGUGUCGCUGUGCGGUCGCUCUACUCCCUACCUCCGUGGCCGCGCGCUCCGCUCCCUUCCCUUCCUCCUUGGCGCGCGCGCGCUCCCCUCUUCAGUCGAGUCUCCGAGGCGCUCCGGCCAGUGUCGUGUGCGACGCCCGCGCGACGUCAGUCUCUCUCCAGCCGCACGUUCGUCCGCGCAACAGGCCCCGCUGGCAUCAUGGGAGGAAUCACGCAGCAGCCGUGGACGCCCACCAAGAGACGCGGACCAAUCGCCGCCGAGUAUUCCAGCCCCGGCCCGGCCUGCGUCACGCUGCCCAGUCUCCUAGGAGGCGCCAUCGUGCCCGACUCGAAGCGAGGGCGGGCUCCAGCCUUCAGCUUCGGCAGCAGGCACAGCAACAAGAAUGACAGUCCUGGUCCUGGGCCGAAAUACAACAUCACUGGUCUUAGCUCAAAGGGCAAGGACAACCCGCAGGCGUCCACGCUGCACGGCCGGCCCAAGGACCACCACGUGGACGCCACGCCCGCGCCGGGGGACUACAGCCCGGAGAAGCUGGUGCUCGACCACUCGCCCAAGUACACCUUCGGCCUCAAGACCCAGCUGGACAAGCCCAGCACCACCCCAGCUCCCAACGUGUACAACAUCCCGAGCGUGCUGGGGCACUCGAAGGAGGGCAACAUGAAGGCGGCCCCGGCCUUCACCAUCUCGGGCCGCCAGAAGGAGCACCCCGACGACCGCGUGCUCACCCCUGGCCCGGGCACCUACGACAACGCCAAGCCGGAGAACUACAAGUCGCGCUCGCCCGCCUACUCCAUCAGCUCGCGCUACCAGCUGCCCUCCGACUCGACGCAGAAGCCCGGUCCGGGCGCCCACUACCCGGAGAAGGCUAGGAUGGAUGGUAUCACAUCGCACUCUUUUGGCAUCAAGCACUCGCCGUACAUCGGCAACUUGAAAGGGAACGUGUAUUAGAGCAUUAGAGCAGCAAUCAGCUUCCAUGCAGUGCUCUCAAGCCUUUCUGCAAAAGUGGCCUAACAGCAGGGAAAAUAAAAAAAAUGUGUUAAAUGAUUGGAAAGAGAUUAGUUUAAGACAUGGUCUGUAUUUAUUUACUAACUGGACAUUAAACUUAUCUGUACAGCCCAUUAUGUUUAGUUUGAUAACAUGCCAAAUUUUAGAAUCACACGCAUCAUUUAAUUAAGGAAUUUUUGCUUUUAUUUUAAAUUUUUUUUCCUAUUUGGAGAGUGAUCAUAACGCCAAUAUAAUUAGACUAGUUUUUUGUUACAGCGUAUCUCAGGUUUAGAAAUAGUGAAUGCUUCGCAAUUCUAGCUCUUUGAUAGAAAUAUGGCAUUUAACAUAACGGCUGUCUGGCAUUUGGUAAAAGUUGCUACACUUAUUUUGUUUAUACGCAAUAAUUAUAACCCUUUGUGGAUAACUAUAGGCCUAUAAUUAACAUAUCCUAGGUUUGGUGAUAGAAGGAUGUGAGUACGUUUGUGUCAAUAAAUAAAAUAAGGUAAGGAGAACCAAGUCUUAAGGUUUUUGAGUUAAGGGAAACAAAAAUAAACUUUAAAUGACGUUUUGAAGACACAUUAUGAAAUAUCUUUUUUACUUUGUUUUGCGUCAUGUGUUAUGAGGGUAUCGUACUUGCUGUAAAUUGUGAUAAUGUAAUACGCAUCAAUUUUACAAAUGUAAGUUAAAUUAGUCUUGUUAAUAUUUUGUAUGUUUAUAAAAUGACCUUUUUAAUAUAUGCUUAUUAUAUAUUAGUAAUGGUUACAUUUUAUAUAUGAAGUUUAAAAUAAUUUUCAGUUGUUCAACGUUCUGUACAUUUUACUGAACACUUUUCCAAUAAAAGUUCAUGCUUUACGCAUA